AUGGAAAUCUUUCAGAAAGCUAGCGUUGUUCGUUUAUGUAGCCACCAUGACAAAUACUUAAUCGCUGAAAAUGAUCAGGAAACCGUUGGACAAGACCGAGAUGGGUCGUCGAGGAACUCACGGUGGGCAGUGGAGUUCGUCGAUUCAAGCCCAAUCCAUAUUCGUCUCAAAAGCUGUUUCGGGAAAUACUUGACGGCUUCGAACAUGCCGCUUCUUAUCGGAAUGAGAGGGAAAAAAGUGCUGCAAACGUUGCCGAGAAGACUGGAUUCUUCGGUGGAAUGGGAACCCAUUAGGGAAGGCGUUCAAGUUAGGUUCAUGACACGUUACGGCCGGUAUUUGCGAGCCAACGCGAAGCUCCCACCUUGGAGGGGUCACAUUACACAUGAUAUUCCGCAUCGAUCGGUGACCCAAGAUUGGAUUCUUUGGACUGUUGAUGUUAUGAUACAUAAGCCACGUGCUCUGCUUCCUCCUCCUCCUUUGGAAACAACAACUUCGGAGCAGUGUUCGGAUAAUGAAGAGGAUAAUAACUCAAAUUCGGAUGAUCCUGGCUCACCUUCAGAAAUCUCACUUAGGGGCCCUGGACUUGAGAGUGGUGACUCAACUAAGGGUUCACCCGCGGCAUUUGAAGGAAGGAAAAUUAGGUAUGAAGUAGUUGAUGAAAAUGGUGAUGUUGAUAAGAAAAUCGGGGAACGAACCUUCACAUUUAAAGGCAGUGGGGUUGAGGAAUUGAAGAAAAUUUUGAAGGUGGAAACGGGGGUGAAUGAGGACAUUUGGAUUUGUUCACGUAACCCUUUGAAUGGCAAGCUGUCUCCACUUCGAUUGCAUCUUCCUCCCAACAAUGCAGCCGUGCAUGUUAUUGUUGUUCCUCAAUCAUCUAAAGUGGCAAAUGAACUUGAGAAUCAUUGAGCCUUUAUGGCAAUUUCACCCGACUGUGCCGCAAAUGAAGCACCUGUGACAUGCUACCAAUGAGCAAUAGAAGCCUUCAUGCCUAGAAGGAAGAAGUUAAAGAAGUGUUGUGUAUUUACUUCUGCCAUUUUAAUUAUCUAUUUGAAGAUAUUUCAACGAAGGACAUUUCUUCAAACAAUUGGCAGAUAUAU